AUGCCGCCUGCUACAACGUCGAAAGGGAAACCUCCUACCCUCAACGCUCUUCAGAAGAAGCUGAAAGGAUUGCAGACAUCAUUCAACAAUGUGCAUAACUUCAUAAAGGAGUGCUCGGAAGCCACCAAGGCCAGCGAAUUUUCGGUACGUUUGGAACGGCUAGAAUUACUAUGGGACAAGAUGAAUGAUACGAUCGACGAAAUCGAAUGCCACGAAGAGAAUGUAGAUGUGGAAUCACCGGUAAAAGAAAGAGUGGACUUUGAAAAUAGAUUCUUCGAGUUGAAGGCGUUUCUCAUCGAUCGACUGAAAAACGAUCCCGAAGCUGCACCAUUAAAUCAAUCUGUACGGCCCACCGAACCACUCACGACACACGCCAAAUUACCACAAAUAAGUUUACCAAAAUUUGGGGGAAAAAUCGAGGAAUGGCUUAAUUUCCGCGAUCUAUAUAUGUCGCUUAUUCAUUUGCAGCCUGAUCUCCCAGAAGUUGAAAAAUUUCAUUACUUGAGAAGUCAAUUGGAAGGAGAGGCACUCAAUUUAAUCAACACUCUUCCGCUUACCAAGACAAACUAUAUGGUUGCUUGGGAUAUGCUGGUCCAGCGCUAUUCGAAUACUAAGAUUUUAAAGAAGAAAAACGUCCAAGCUUUGUUCGAGUUGCCAUCCAUACGACGAGAGUCUGCCGAGGAAAUGCACUCUCUUUUGGAAUCGUUUGAAGCAACCGUGAAAUCGUUAGACAAUACUAUUGAUCAACAAGGAGAUUAUAAAGAUUUACUCUUACUACAUAUGCUGAGUUCUCGUCUCGACAGUGCCUCACGGAGAAGUUGGGAGGACUUUUCAUCGUCGAAAGAACACGACACAAUUAAGGACCUGACUGGCUUUAUGCGCAGAAGAAUUCACAUGUUAGAGGCAAUAUCAACUAAACCAGAUUGCACUAAGGCAGAAUGCAGCCAACCAAACAAAAGAAAGCUUCUUCCGACGACUAAAUCGUGCAACGUUGUAUUGAAUACUGCGUCUUCCAAACGAUGUUUAAGCUGUUCGGACAAUCAUCCAUUGUAUUUGUGCCCUGUAUUUAAGAAUAUGCAAGUCCAAGAAAGAGACAAUCUGUUACGAACCAAUUCAUUAUGCCGUAAUUGCUUCAGACGUGGACAUCAAGCCAAGGACUGUUCUUCUAAAUAUGUAUGCCGGCACUGUAGGGGCAAGCAUCAUUCUUUGGUAUGUUUCAAGGAAAACGGUAAACCAAUUGGGUCAACUGAUACUUCAAGGGAUACAGCUACAAGGAGUGCAGACGCAGAGGCGGCGGCUACCAGUAACAACACGGUACAUGCUGCAGCUGCUCAGGUGACGAGCUACAGCUCGAUUAAGGUUCCAGCGACAGGUGUUCUUUUAUUAACGGCUGUGGUGGUCGUACAAGACGAAUCUGGUAGUCAUCAUUUAGCAAGAGCCCUAUUGGAUUGUGCUUGUCAAUGUGAUCUCGUUUCUAAAAGGUUUAGUCAGCUGCUUAAAUCGAAAAGGCAGUCUACGAAUAUGGAUAUUAUUGGAGUCAAUGGAAAGGUGGAAAAAAUUACGAACUUCGUAAAUGUAACAAUUAAAUCGCGCGUCACUAAUUACCAAAUACCGGUGGAACUCAACAUUCAUCCUUGUUUGUCUACUACAAUACCAGGUUUAUCUCCUACUGCAAAUAAUUGGAACUUACCGGAGGGAAUACAGCUAGCCGAUCCGUCACUGUUUGAGUCUCAUAAAGUGGAUUUGAUUCUUGGUGGAGGAUCAUUUUUUGACUUCUUUCGCACUGGAAGGCGUAUACCUCUUGGGAAAGAUAUGCCUUUGUUUGUCGAUUCGGUUUUUGGCUGGGUUGCAAGUGGAAAAUACCCAGUUGUGCAUAAUACAGCAGCGGUUAGUUGUAACGUGGCAGUUACCAAUAAACUAGAAGAGUUACUAACACGGUUCUGGCAGAGUGAGGAGAUCGGCUUAGACAAUAAAUUCUCACCGGGAGAGCUUCGAUGCGAAGAGCAUUUUCAACAAACUUUCAAAAGAGAUGCUGCUGGCCGCUAUAGCGUCUCGCUUCCGAAAGACGAGGCAAUCUUACAACAGCUGGGGCAUACGCAGAACAUUGCCUGUUAUAGAUUUCAUCAAAUGGAGAGGCGAUUAGAAAGAGAUCCGGAGCUAAAGAGGCAGUACCAUAACUUUAUGCUGGAAUAUGAACAGUUGGGACAUAUGCGGAGAGUGCCUGAUGAGGAUGUUACGAAGAUACAACGUUUCUAUCUGCCUCACCAUCCAGUGGUGAAAGAUUCUAGUAGCACGACGCGUGUAAGGGUGGUUUUCGAUGCAUCUUGUAAAUCAUCUUCGGGUGUUUCUCUCAAUGACGCCCUAUUAGCUGGACCUGUAGUACAGGAGGACUUGCGAAGUAUAAUCCUGCGGUGCAGAACUCGGUUGGUACUAUUAGUUGCGGAUGUGGAAAAAAUGUUCCGUCAAAUUAACAUUGACAAGACGGAUGCCCCACUGCAGAGCAUUUUGUGGCGUUCAACUACUGACUCGCCACCGGCAACAUACGAACUUUCUACAGUAACAUACGGGACGAAACCGGCACCCUUCCUUGCAACAAGGACAUUAAAGCAAUUGGCACUGGAUGAAGGUAAACGAUUCCCACUGGCAGCGGCGGCGGUUAUGAAGGAUUUUUAUGUCGAUGAUGUUAUUACUGGCACCGAUGAUGCUGAACAAGCAAAAGAGCUACGAUGUCAGCUUGAUGAGCUAUUGCAGUCUGGUGGUAUGCGGCUUCGAAAAUGGUCUUCGAACUAUGCUUCGGUGUUAGAGGGACUAAAACCAGAGGAUUUGGCAGAUUCAGUGGCAGAAGGCAUUAAACUUGAUCGUGAUCCAUCGGUUAAAACAUUAGGCUUGACAUGGUAUCCCCAAACAGACGCAUUUGCCCUGCAGUUGCAAAUCCCAUCUAUCUCAAACGAUCAAGAGCUAACCAAGCGGAAGGUAUUAUCUUAUAUAGCGAUGCUGUUUGAUCCUUUAGGUCUGAUAGGAGCGGUUAUAACAACAGCAAAAAUAUUUAUGCAAACGCUAUGGCAAUUGGAAGACGACAACCAAGAGAAAUUGGAUUGGGAUUCGGUUCUGCCAACAAGAGUAGAAAAUGAAUGGCGCACAUUUCACGAGCAGCUUCCAAUACUUAAACAGCUACGGGUAGAAAGAAUGAUUAUUAUUCCUGGGUCGGUGGGCAUGGAGGUCCAUUGCUUCUCGGAUGCCUCAGGAAAGGCUUACGGGGCAAAUUUAUAUAUAAAAUCCUGGAAUUCGGCUGGUCAUGUUAAGGUAGCGCUACUCUCUUCCAAGUCACGAGUGGCCCCAUUGAAGACUCAGUCCAUCCCGCGGCUCGAGCUUUGUGGUGCACUAAUGGCAGCAGAACUGUUCGUCAAGGUGAAGGAGGCUAUCGACAUUGAAGGGGAUGUUUAUUUUUGGACGGACUCGACAACAGUGCUGCGCUGGUUACAGGCUUUACCGACUAUAUGGACGACAUUUGUUGCCAAUCGAGUGGCAAAAAUACAAAAUAUCACGGAACGUUGCCUUUGGAAACAUGUUCCAGGUACACAAAAUCCUGCGGAUAUGACGUCACGCGGUAUAUUUCCGGAAAGUAUAAUUGAAAAUCGCGUUUGGUGGGAAGGUCCUGAGUGGCUGGCUUUCAGUAUUGAUAAAUGGCCAGUACAACAUGAAAUUACAGAUUCAACAGAAGCAGAUCAGGAGUUUAAACGGUCGGCAGUUGGGGCAGUUGGCGCUUGCAACUUAGGUUUCAACGAUUGGUAUUUUGCGCGUUUCUCCGAGUAUACGACAUUGAUUCGGCAAACAGCAUAUUGCCAGCGGUUUAUUAAAAAUUUUCGGGUCAAGCUUCAAAUUGGCCAAUCCGUGCCGGGGCCAAUAACAGCAUUAACGGCACCAGAAUUACGUACGGCAGAGUUGACAGUGACUCGACUCGUUCAACAAGAAGCUUUCAGUAAGGAAUAUCGAGCGUUGUCUCAGGGUAAAGCCAUUCCCAGGCACUCGCCGCUUCGUUGGUUUUAUCCGGUGCUUUCACACGAUGGUGUUAUUCGUUUAGGAGGAAGGUUGGGAAGAUCGCAGGAGUCAGAGGAGGCAAGGCAUCCUAUGGUGCUGCCUGCACGUCAUCAUUUAACUAAAUUAUUGCUGAAACACUAUCAUUUAAAAUUGCUCCAUGCAGGACCUCAACUAAUGUUAAGCAGCGUUAGGCAAAAAUUCUGGCCGCUCGGAGGACGGAGCGUAGCAAAACAAAUAAUCCAUCAGUGUCUGCGAUGCAGUCGUGUAAAACCUACAACUAUGCGUCAGUUUAUGGCAGAACUUCCGGCUUCUCGUGUUACAGCAGCUAAAGCGUUUUCGACAACUGGCGUUGAUUACUUUGGCCCAAUAUACAUUCGUCCGGGCUAUCGUCGAACGGCAGUGAAGGCAUACGUGUCCGUGUUCGUCUGCUUCACCACAAAGGCCGUGCACUUGGAGCUGGUCGGAAACUUAUCUACGGCAUGUUUCAUUCAAGCGCUGCGUAGGUUUGUGGCAAGGCGCGGUUUCUGUUCCAGUAUCCACUCUGAUAAUGGAACUAACUUUGUUGGGGCCAGGAAUCAGCUAAAGGAGCUUAUGGAAAAUCUCAAAAGUAAACAUCAUCACAACGUGGUGGCAAGGGAGUGUGCCAAGGACAACAUCCAAUGGCACUUUAUUCCGCCAGGUGCACCCCACUUCGGAGGAUUGUGGGAGGCAGCUGUGCGUUCGGCAAAACAUCAUCUGCUAAGAGUAUUAGGGGAGAUACCUGUUUCGUACGAGGACAUGCUUACAACUUUGACCCAGGUGGAAGCCUGUCUCAACUCUCGACCCUUAACGCAGCUGACAGACGACCCUAAUGAUCUAGAACCACUAACUCCGGGACACUUUCUAGUGGGUGAUUCUCUCCAAGCGGUUCCGGAUACGGAUUUUACUAAUGUACCAGCGAAUAGGCUCAACCAUUGGCAGGCAGUGCAGAAGAAGGUGCAAGAUUUCUGGCGAAGAUGGCGUGUCGAAUAUUUAACUCAACUUCAAGGGCGAUCCAAACGUUGGCAACCACCUGUAGCAGUUGAACCAGGUAAACUAGUAGUUAUUCAAGAAGAUAAUGUGCCUCCGAUUCGAUGGCGCAUGGGGCGCAUCCAACACACUCAUCCAGGAGCUGACGGAGUCGUGAGAGUAGUUACACUCAAGACGGCAAAGGGAGUUUUUCAGCGACCAGUGGAAAAAAUUUGUCUGUUACCGGUUGCAACAGUGACAGAGGAUGGAGUUCCACAAAUUUAA